GAGUAAUUGCUCAUACAGUAUGUGUUCAGUGAAGUGUCUGUGUCUCUGCAGUCAACUUUGCUUUUGUCUCCUUGAAUGGUGAUGCACCGACUCAGCCCUUAGGAAAGAUGGUUUGGUUCAUGGAAGGAAUGUGCUUUUUGCCAAUUUUUUCAGUAAUCUGGUCAUCGAGUACGUUCAUAAUAUCUUACAUCAUCGCAAUAUGUAAUGGACAUGUUGAAGUUAUCUUUCCUUACAUCAGUGAUACAGGGGCCAUUCAGCCAGAGAGCGGUGUGUUUGGAUUCAUGUCGACCAUCGCUACCUUUGCAAUCUUUGCUACGAUGUACGUUGAAUAUAAAUUUGUGGAGAGAGUCCAUGAGACAACCGGUGCCGUGUCCCCACGUUUGAACAAGGUUUCUUUUGCUUUUGGCAUCCUCUCUUGUGUCGGCAUCCUUGUGGUGGCUACAUUUCAGAAUCUGACGAUGAUGAAAACCCAUGAUGUGGGUGCUUGUUUAUUCUUCAUAUGUGGCAGUAUAUACGCUGUUAUCCAAAGUGUGAUAUCGUACCGAGGUCAUCCAUAUGGAUGUUCCAAGUACACUUGCCAUUUCCGUGUGUUCUUCGCUGGAUUGGCUGUUCUAGCUGUAUUACCCACAAUUAUUUGUUCAGUUCUUGUCGGACCAAGCGGACUUCAUUGGCACACCAAUGAUGAGCACUACACACUUCAUUUAGUGAGUACCGUGUGUGAAUGGAUCACUACUUUCAGUUUUAUCUUCUUCUUUUUAACAUACAUCAGAGAGUUCCAGCAAUUCACACUGAAACUGACUGUUAAUUUAAUCGAGUAUUCUUGACCAUGACAUCAUGCCGUUACAGUAUGUUUUGGUGCUUUUUUUAAUUAAUAGAAUUGUAU